AUGAAUCGCGUCAGUGGGGGCUGCUGCUGCACGAACAGAGCUAUUGGAGCGCACAAGACGAGCAGAGACAAUGAGAACGAGAAAAGUAUGCAGACCCAGAGUCGGCCAAAGAUGCCGGAACUCGGAUCAAGCAUGCAAAGUGGACGCAGUGAAGCCAACCAAGGAUUGCGAGGCUCGCCUCGGGUUGACGAUAAGCUCGGUGCUCGCAACGCAUGUGCAUACAAGCAAAGCGGGCUCGAUGCUUGCGGCAUGGGCGACACUUUGCAUGUGCAACAUGCCACGAGGAUCAAGAGCGCCGGCAAAUUCCAAUAA